CACAUUUGGCAGAACCGAAUCACUCACAACAUCCUCGUUUACUGUUCGCAUCAACAUCAUAAAAUAUUUCUCUGAAUUGUUAUUUUUCCUUUUAGAACUCUAAAACUCCAAAUUUAAUAAUGUGUUCCCGCGAUCCGGCCUCCAAUCAGCUAAUAGACUACAAGAACAAUGACUCCGAGGUGCAAAAGGAGAUAACCUCAUCGAGUGGAAUUCCAGUUGGUGUCAAGGAUGCCAUCCAGACAGUGGGUCCAAGGGGACCGGCUUUGCUUCAGGAUUUUCAGUUCAUCGAUGAGCUGAUGCACUUCGACUCGGAGCGAAUUCCCGAGAGGGUCGCCUAUGCCAAGGGAGCUGGUGCCUUUGGCUACUUUGAGUGCACCCACGACAUUUCCAAGUUCUGUGCGGCCACGAUCUUCGAUAAGGUUAAGAAGCGUACUGCCAUUGCCAUGAGGUUUUCGGUGGCUUGUGGCGAACAGGGUUCUGCGGAUACGAUCCGGGAAAAUCGUGGAUUUUCCAUAAAGUUUUACACCGAUGACGGCAUCUGGGACAUAGUGGGCUGCAACAUGCCCGUGUAUUAUGUGCGGGAUCCCUCGCUCUUUCCCAGCUUGAUCCAUGCCCAGAAGCGCAAUCCCCAGACCCAUUUAAAGGAUCCGGAUAUGUUCUGGGAUUUCAUGACCCUUCGACCGGAGACACUUCAUGCCCUGCUAAUGUACUUCAGCGAUCGGGGAACUCCCGAUGGAUAUCGCCACAUGCACGGCUAUGGAGUUCACACCUAUCGCAUGGUCAACCCAAAUGGGGAGACGCAGUACGUCAAGUUCCACUUCAAAACGGAUCAGGGCAUCAAGAAUCUGGAUAGCCGACGUUGCGAUGAGCUGAUGGCCCACGAUCCCGAUUAUGCCAUCAGGGAUCUUUAUAACUCAAUCAAGAAAGGCAACUAUCCCAGUUGGUCCAUGUAUAUUCAGGUGAUGCUUAACGAGGAGGCCAAAAAGUGUCGUUUCAACCCGUUCGAUGCGACCAAGGUGUGGCCCCAAAAGGACUUUCCGUUACUACCAGUGGGCAAACUCGUGCUGGAUCGCAAUCCCACCAACUACUUCACGGAGGUGGAGCAGCUGACCUUCAGUCCCGCCCACAUGGUUCCCGGAAUCGAGCCAUCCCCGGAUAAAAUGCUGCAGGGUCGCCUCUUUGCAUACGGAGAUUCCCAGCGCCAUCGUUUGGGCGUUAACUACAUGCAGAUACCGGUCAACUGUCCCUAUAGGGUUAAUGUAAGGAACUUCCAGCGGGAUGGUGCAAUGACAGUGACCGACAAUCAGAGCGGAGCUCCCAACUACUUCCCCAACUCGUUUUGCGGCCCCAAGGAAAGUCCCCGGGCAUUGGCCCUACAAACCUGUUGUCCUUUAACCGGAGAUGUCUACCGAUUUAUGAGCGGCGAUACUGAGGAUAAUUUCAGCCAGGUCACCGAUUUUUGGACCUACACCUUGGACAACUGCGGCAGGAAGCGCCUCAUUCGCAACUUAUCCGAACAUCUGACCGAGGCCAGUCAGUUCAUACAGGAAAGGGCUGUAAAACUUUUCACCAUGGUCCACUCCGAUUUCGGACGACUGAUGACUGAGGCGCUGAACACGGCCAGAAUAUCAAAAUUCUAGGACACUUCGUCAAUUUGUGAAUAAGUGUUUAUGGUAUUAUCGAAAAUCAAUGUAAAUUAGGUUUAGGCCCUUGAUAAAAAGAAAUGUGAUUUGGAUUUCGUA